GUAUGUACGUGGCCUCUAGUCGCUGAGCAAGCCCCGACAGUCAAGGAGAGACGUCGCGCGCGAACCAGCCGAUCAGCUUGUACCGUUUAUUGUGAGCGGAAUCUGAAUGCACGGUAAAGAUGCAUCCCGGAACGAGACGACGUUCGGGAUUCUACUGGUUGACAAUAACGUUGCUUAUCAUCGGAUUUCUCAUCGGCGACGCCGGCAGUGUUUGGAAGAGACGGGAGGAUAAGACUAAGUGCCCAAAAGUGAAGGGAAUACGGAACUUUGACAUAUCCGAGUUUCUCGGAUUGUGGUACAUAGUACAGUACUAUGCAAGCUCAGAGGAAGCCCUCGUGUACAGAUGCAUGAGAGCCGAGCUCUCGGUUUCGCCUGAAAACGCUGAAGUUACCAUGAAUUUCACUUACAGCUUUACUGACGAUCCUAUUAACGAGCUGCUCGUUGGUAACAUCACGUGGAAAAUCCCUUCGCCGGACUUACCUGCUCAUUGGAUGCACGCUGAGUUACCAUACGAAGGAGUGUAUAAUACAUACGUAUUAGAUUCGGAUUAUAAAUCGUGGGCGUUACUAAUGCAUUGUGCUGAAAAGAGUAAAAGCCCAAGAUAUUUAUCUAGCUUCAUCAUGAGUCGUGAAGCGAGUCUCGGGGCAAAUGUCAUUUCUUAUCUUCGAGAGAAACUGCCUAGAUAUGACAUUGACUUGGAGUACAUGUUCCCUAUGGACCAAAAGCAGUGCAAUAAGACGAAUUCGGAAGAUAUGCUUAUACCGGCAGUGGCACCAGCUAAAAGAAGGCAUAUCACCAGAAGGCAUCCAUUGAAACGAAAACAUAGAGGCCAAUAAAUUUCGCUCAAAUCAAACAUCUCUUCGUUACUUUGGGCUAAUUUUAUUAAUUCAAUUAACAACGUGUUAUAAUAUUCUUCGUCUCUUCCUCUUAUUUAUAAUUACAUAAUUAUAAUGAA